AUGGCUGCCCGGUCUGACAGAGGUGCAGCACCAAAGAGGAAGUCUGUGACUUCCAGCAUAACCACCGAGAACGUCGACUCUGGCAACUUGAAGGCGAGUAAGAAGCCAAAGGUUGCGGCGACGCUAACCGGCCUUCGCGCUGGCUGGGACACUCCCAACAAAUCAAAUUUGAAGGGCAAGUCCACCGCCAGAUCGAUUCCGACACCUACUCCUCGCAAGCUUGCAACGACACCUGUUGCUUCAGCGCGCACGACCCCGGCUUCACGCACAGCAGAGAGUGCUCGCAAACCGGCUGCUCCCAAACCCACCAACGUGGGUACCACGAAGUUUGCCCCAGAACCCGUCGAUGCGGAUGCUGGUGCAGACACUGCGGCGGCGGAUGCCGGUGGUCUGAACGACUAUGGGGGCCUGCAAGACGAAGAUGACACGGUGGAGGCUGCCGCCGUAGCGCCUGUGCCAGCAGCAACUUGGCAAAUUCAGGGCCUGCAGUCUGAGAGCUCGGACUCGGACGACGACUUUCCUGCCGACAACCUGACUCAUGUCGCCCAUGUACCCGCCAAUAUCGUCGGCAUCGUCCAUCGCCCAACCGGUCAGAGCGGCGCAAACCGUCGUAGAUGGAACACCUCCGACCUCGAACCUGAGAUCCGUCACCGCUUCACGCACGAGCUCAUCCCUCUCACACGGGCUACCAUGAGCACGCUGCUGCCGUGGUACAGCCUCACUACGGAUGAACGUCAGGCCCUUUUCAACCGUGUCUUCCCCACUUACGACCAUGUCAUUGAAAUGAACAACCGAAUCACGGAGUGGCAGGGUAAGUUCGCUGCGGCCGCGCUGCAUGUCCUCGAGGCCCACUUCGUGAAGGCUGGCAUGGCUGAACCCGAAGUGCGCGCCACGUUCUGCCGCAUCCAACUCGGCACCCACGUUGCUGCCAUGAAGGCGCCGUUCUUGUGGCGUGUCUGGGAAGACGGAAAGAAGAAGGGAUGCCUUCAGGGAGAGUUCGUACUGGGGACCUUCGGUCUCGUCCACAUCCCUGUGCUCCAAGCUGUGCCUCUAGCUCUUCGUCAGGGUGAAGGAGAGUCGGAUUUACGCCCUUCUGGUGCGCUCAUCCUGGCUGCUCUGGCGGUUGAAUGUGCGCUCAACGUGUGGUUGACCGGCCAGCGGAUCAUUCCGCAGGGCCACGCUGGCCACUUCUCCGCCGACAACUGGGGCGACAAGACUGUUGUGUCGCGCGGCGUCGCCAAGUCUUCGACAAAGGUGGCCAACAUGUUUGCGCGUGCGAAGAGCCUCUCGUUCGAGCACUGGAUUACGAUCUUGGAUGUCGCUCGGGACCGUUACCGCCUGCACAAGGCUGUUCAAGAUCGACAGGCGAUCACUAUCGAGUCCGCCAGCGAGGAGGCGAUGACUAACUCCGACGCCGAGUCCGAGUAA